AUGGAGGGCGAGGCGGACGGCGGCGGCGACUCCUUCGUGCUGUGCUCCGGCGUCCGCGCGGGCCUCAAGCGCGAAUUCGCCUUCGCCAUCGCCUCGCAGGCCGCCCUUUCGGCCUCAUCCGCACCCCUCGGCCGCACCCGCCGCUCAUCCCGCACCCUCAACUCAUCGGCCGCUUCGACCUCCUCCGCCGCCGCCUCGACAUCCUCCUUCUCAACCCCCGACACCAAGCCAAAGGCCAAGCGCCCUCGCCCACCAGAUCCUCUCCCUCCCCCUCCCCCUCCACCAGAGGAUGCCCCCGCCCCCGCAGAAGACCAUGAGGGGGCCGCUGUCGAGCUGCCCGGCCCCGUGCUCGCCUUGAUGGCUGCCGCUGGGCCCAGCCCUCCGCCGACGCCUUCGACUCCGCAACCCCAUGCCGACGCGGAUGCGGAUCCGGUACACCGCGACAACAUCAUCAUCCCGCCGGAGUCGUCGCCCAGGCGCAUCACGCGCUCCAUGCUCCAGCCCAAGUCUCCCCCUCCUACCGCCGCUCGUUCUCCUGACAAUGCGGCUCCGCUCAAACCCAAACCGGAACCGCCGGAGGAAGAGGAGGAUGGCAAGCCCGUUCCAACGUUGAGGCGCUUCACCAGAUCACUCUUGGUCAAGGAUAAGGACAGCAACGACGACGACCUCUCAGGCACCACCACCGCCAGCAAUGCCUCCUCCUCCCCUUCGCCCAACACCACCACCACCACAAGUACCAGCAGCAGCAAGAGGAAUAAGAAUACAAACAAGAUUCCCACCAACCUCAGGGAGCUGCUUGCCACCGGCCUGCUUGAAGGUCAGCCCGUCAAGUACAUCAUGAGGAAAGGCAAGCGAGCAGUACUCCGUGGAGUUAUCAAACACAUCGGCAUAUUGUGCUCAUGCUCUUCAUGCAAAGGCCGAAAAGUUGUUUCACCUUACUACUUUGAGGUGCAUGCUGGGAGUACCAAAAAGCACCCAUCCGACUACAUUUUCCUGGAAAAUGGAAAUAAUCUGCAUGAUGUAUUGAGGGCAUGCACAAAUGCUACGUUAGACAUGCUGGAGUCUGCAGUACGGAAGGCAAUAGGCCCAGCACCUCAGAAGAGAACAUUCAGAUGCAAAGGCUGCAAAAGUUCAUUCAGCACACUCCGCAGUGGGAAAUUUGCUUUGUUUUGUGAUUCAUGUCUUGAUUCCAAGGGUGCUAAGAAUAAUAGCAGGUCGUCCAAAGUUGGACGAAGUCCAACUUCAUCUGCCAAGGUAUAUAAGAGUGCCUCACCAGGAGCAAAGUCUUCAAGUGUAGGAAGGCUUACAAGAAAGGAUAAGGGGAUGCAUAAGGUUGUUUUCAUGAGUGGCGUUUUACCAGAGGGCACUGAUGUUGGCUACUAUGUUGGUGGAAAGAGGUUACUGGAUGGAUAUAUAAAGGCAUUUGGGAUCUACUGUCAUUGCUGCAGCACAGUGGUUAGUCCUUCACAGUUUGAAGCUCAUGCUGGUCGAGCUGCCCGACGCAAACCUUACCACAACAUAUAUAUGUCGAACGGCGUUUCACUACACGAGCUGUCAAUUUCACUCUUGAAAGGUCAAAAGAUGUCAAACAGACAAAGUGAUGACUUGUGCAGCAUUUGUUCAGAUGGUGGGCAACUACUGCUUUGCUAUACCUGUCCAAGAGCUUUUCACAGAGAAUGUGUUAGCUUGUCUUCUGCCCCGAAGGGAACUUGGUGUUGCCGAUAUUGUGAGAAUAGACAACAGAGGGAAAGUUGUUUGGCAUAUAACAACAAUGCAAUAGCUGCUGGGAGGGUUGAAGGAGUUGAUGCCUUGGAACAAAUAUUCACACGAUCAAUACGUAUUGUUACAACACCUGAGACUGGAUUUGGUGGUUGCGCACUGUGCAAGCUUCAUGAUUUCAGCAAAAAGAAAUUCAGUACCCGGACCGUGCUGCUUUGUGACCAAUGUGGUAGAGAAUAUCAUGUUGGUUGCCUCAAGGAACAUAAUAUGGCUGAUCUGACGGCAUUGCCUGAGGGAGCAUGGUAUUGUUCUACGGACUGUGUGAGGAUUAACCAGACACUGCAAGAUUUACUUAACCGUGGAGGAGAACCUAUUCCUACCAUGGAUUUAGAUGUUAUUAAGAAGAAACGAGAAGUGAAAGGUUUUAAUGAGGAUGCUGACCUUGAUGUUAGAUGGAGAGUUUUAAAGGACAAGAGCUCAGACGAUAGUAAACUAGUGCUCUCCAAAGCAGUUGCCAUUUUCCAUGAAACUUUUGAUCCCAUUAUCCAGGUUACAACUGGGCGGGACCUCAUUCCAGCCAUGGUUUAUGGGAGGAGUGCAAGGGAUCAAGAUUACACAGGAAUGUAUUGUGCUGUGUUAACUGUGAACAAUACUGUAGUUUCCGCGGGUCUUUUCCGCAUCAUGGGUAGUGAAAUUGCUGAGCUACCGUUGGUUGCUACAAGUAGGGAUAGCCAAGGCUUGGGAUAUUUCCAAGCACUUUUUUCCAGCAUAGAACGGCUGUUGGCAUCUUUGGAGGUGAAACAUUUUGUGCUACCAGCUGCAGAGGAAGCGGAGUCUAUCUGGACAGAACGUUUUGGGUUCACAAAGAUAAGCCAGGAUGAGCUGCGCGAAUACCUCAAGGGUGGCCGAACAACUGUGUUUCAGGGGACGUCAAACCUGCACAAGCUGGUCGCGAAACUUGAAUGCUAG